AUGAUCAGGCUUCUCGAGAAGUGUCACGAGGAGAGGAUGCGGUUCAGCAUCACGGCGGAGAGCCAGGCGGCGGCGUCGGCAGAGGUGGCGCAGGCUGUGCGCUUGGACGCUGAGGCGGACGAGGCGGAGGAGGAGGCCGAGGCGGACAAGGCGGAGGAGGUGGCUGCCGUGGCGGCGCUGGCAGCUGCCGAGGUGGCGAGGGCGGAGGCCAGGGCGGCGCAUGCGGAGGCCAGGGCGGUGCAUGAAGAGGCCGAGGCUGCGUUUGAGAAAAUCAAGGCCGCGCGGGAGGCGGCGGCGGCGGCACUGAGCGGGACCGGGUCGGCGCUGGAGGGGAGCGAGACAGCGCUCGAGGAGGCGGCGGCUGCUGCGGAGGCGAGGGGUGCCGCUGCGGCCGCGUCGAUGGCCAGGGCGGUUGCAGCCAGGAUGGCGGCGGAUGUGGCCCAGGAGCGCUCAUAG